ACUUCCUGUUUUGAUAUUUUUUGGGGGGGGUUGUUUCGUUUCACUAUCGUAGCUAGGCGAGAGACAAGCCAGAUAGAUAGCUACAAUGAAACGCUAUCACUUUACUAACAGGUAGGCUGUUAAUUAAAAAAACAAGACUGAUACAACUAGCGAUACCGACAUAGCUACCGUUGUGCUUUGGAGAUUCCAACUGUUUUUGUGAUUGUGGGAUAUGGCACUGAGUUCUGGCGGUUGGGGUAAACCGCCUGGUCCAUCCCCGUCCCAGUCUGAUCAUGGCGGGCCCGCGCUGGCUAACUGCAAUACCGUUUUGAUGUCGGUACGGGUGUCGGUUUGCCAUUCGGGUAUUCGACCGCUUUGCCUCCCAGGAGCUGGCGAUGAGGCUCUCCGUCUUCAACUUAGCAUGGACCCCAGCAAAGCUGGAGAGUUUCGGCUAGCACUGAGGGACAUUAGCGGAAGCGGCCGUAGUGUGUUCAUUGCUGAGUUUGACCUGCGCUCUGUGCAGUAUGAGGUCAAGUCCCCAUGCCUUCACGAGAUGCGCUUGGCCACGCCCCCUCAUGACUGUAUCCGCUUCAACUUCCGCUGUGACCUGGAGGCUGAGCAGUGGGCCACUGUGGUGAUGUCAUCACUAAGAGAGGCACACAGAGUUGCUGUAAAUAGUUCCCCACAUCCUAUGGAUGACCGACAGCAGCACGCAGCAGCUCUAGAACAGCGCAGCACAGCCUCCUUACCACUCACUGAGGAGCUGUGCUUGGAGCUUGCCCGGGCGAUCGAGGCAGGUGACAGCCAGGGUGCUGCUCAGCACGCGUCUGCUCUAGCUCGUCAGAAGGCAGUGGUCACUAUCCAACUGUCUGAGAAGUGUUACGCCGAAGGAGAGAUAAGUUUGUCUGUGGCAGUGGAAGACAUCUCCUCUUCCUGUUGCGUUACAGUGAAAGUCUUUCCCCACAUGACUGUCGCAGCACUCAAGCAGCAGGUGUUUUUGGAGUAUGGCUUUCACCCUCGCGUGCAACGCUGGGUGAUUGGACAAUGCCUGUGCACAGAGCCUAGGUCCCUGGCCUCGUAUGGGGUCCAGAGGGAUGGGGAUACGGCCUACCUUUACUUGGUCUCAGCCCGCCACGCCCGCCUCACCCGCCAGCUAUUCCAGCAGGACCAGGAGGGUGCCCAACUCACCCCAGCCCCCAGCAACGGGCCUCUGUCCCAGGACUGGAGGGGCUACAGCACCCUGCCCUCCAGGCUCAGCCACAACACCCAGGGGAGCACCGGAAUUGGGACCGAGAGGUUGGGUACGAGUGAGAUCCGAGACGCCCUCAACCUGGAGACGCUGCAUCUAGACGAUAAACCUGAUAAGCCCAGCAAGGCCAGCAAAACACAGACCGAAUGGGCGUGUCCCUCCUGCACCUUCAUCAACAAGCCUACACGACCAGGCUGUGAGAUCUGCAGUACAGCCAGACCUGACUCACGCAAGCACAGCCGCAUACAACAGGAGAAAGGAAGAAGAGAGGAGCAGAUCAGUGCAUUGAGCAGUUAACUGCCUCAACCGUAACCUAUACAAUAACCUGGAAGACUGAUCACUCACACACCAACUUAGAGCUACAAACCCACCACCACUACUGACAUACUAUGAUGACAAACCUCUGGACGCUGCAGCACAGACAUGGAACUCCACUUGCUGAGGCUCACGAAAGGAACUACCUGUAUAGCCAAUGAGCUGGCUUUUGACUCUGUGGACAUGAGUCAGCAUCCUUUGCCUUGUGGCAGACUUUACCAUUUAUUUAUUUUACAUAAGGGAUGGGGGGGGUGGACUAGUCCAAUAUUUAUUUUAGAGGGGUGGGUGGUGCUUCCCUCCUCCCUCUACCUGAUAUAUCUCAGAUGAGAUAAUAUUAUAUAUUUUGAAGUUGGCCAACUGUGAAUGUUGAUACUUUGAAAGCUGAAAAAAGCUGUUUUUAAAACCAGGGCCUGUAUUCAAACAGUCUCAGAGUGCUGGCUGUCCCAACCCCCCAAAAAAUAUUGGUAGCCUUGGUCUACUUCUAUGCGUAAUCAGGUGCAUGUCUUUACUCAACAUUGAGUGCUCCAAACAAAAAAGACUGAGUAAAUUUGACAACUAAAAAAUGGAAUGAAAUAAACCGAAACUUGUUUCUCACAAGUGUAGCAUAGGUUGUGCACUCCGCAAACAGUGUCCACUUUGACAAUGAGAACGGUAAACGACUAAUAAUACUGAAUGCAUUCACAGAAACUACCGUAAAUAAAUUAACGGUAAAUGUACUACUGGUGAUAUGGGUGUGGCAUCCUCGCGGCCUCCAAUGGAUUUGUACACUGAGACAGGCGCAAAUCAGACAGGUCUCGUGUGCCAUAAAAAAAACACAUUUGACUGCUCGACUAAAAUCUUGGUCGACGAAACAAUCGACCAGUUGGCUAAAUGGGGUGAGCCCUACUAGGAUCAGAUUAGAUCAUAAAUAAAUAAACAUUGGGGACCUGAUCCUAGAUCAGCACUCCAACUCUGAGACGAUGAGGGGAUUCGAUUAAUGCCCCAGGUGAACCGGGUAAGAGUUGAUCGUGUUCGAGUUGGAACCAAGCGUGAGCCAGGUGCCCUGCUUUUGACGGUGAAGUCAGCUCAAAGCAUCCAUGAUGUAGGUUAAGCAGGUGGGGUAAUGAGUAGGAUUCUGUUUUCACAUGCAAACAUGAUUGCGUGGAUAAAAACACUGACAAUGAAAACUAGUUAAAUUCGAACAGGUAUUUUAUGUAAAAGAUGUUUCUGAACGAUGCAUCAGGAUGCCUUGUUGACAUGACUGAGCGGCGCAGAUUGCUGUUUGAUUUGAGAUUGGCGCUUCUCUCUCACCGCUUUUGCCCGUUCAUGGUUCAGCUUAAUCAGGCACCCUCAGUGUGAAUACAGGCCCAGGUCUCGUCUGUCAUUGGUUGGUGCCAUAUUGUUUUAUAGGUGGGGAAUUGCUUGCUAGGAGGCUGUGGAAGUGACAGGGUUUUAAAGUGCUUUUAUUUUUUAUAACAUUGUAUUUAGUGUUUUAACAGAAUGUUUGGCAAUGUUAAUGUUGGCGCGUAAUGCGUUUCACCUACUUGCCAAUAAGUUUCUGUCUGAACUGUGAUAGUGACAAUGUUUUGUCAGAAACAUGACUGUAUAAAAUGGUGUUAACUGAAUAAACGUAAGUUAAUCAA